AUGAACAGUUCAUUUACUGCAACAAGCAAUAGAACUCAUCUGGAUAUCAAUAAGAAUAUAGCAAACACUAUGAAUACUACUAAAUUAGGAGAUAAAUAUUUUAUUGAACAAAGAAAUAUUAUCCUUCAAGAUAUUAACAAUACAAUGGACUCGAUAUUGAAUGGAUUAAAUGAACUGAAUAUAUCGCUAGAAAGCUCGAUUGCUGUAGGAAAGGAUUUUGAAUCAGUGGCUUUACUUUGGAAGACGUUUUAUAAUGAACAUGAGAGCAUUAUUGAUGGAGAUAUAAAUGUAGAUGAAGACGAAGAUGAGCAGGAACAAAGUCAAGAAGGAGGUAAGAUAUUAGAAUAA